CAGGUUCAGCUCUGCAAAUGCAACGAGAGUUAUUAUGGUUUAAGGAGAUUGAGAAGGUGGUGAAACCUUCUUAUAGAAAAAAGAAAAAUUCAAGCGGCAAAACACCUCAAGAAUUGUUUACGGAGAAGCAUAAAGGGUUGUUGAGAGAUGGAGAAUCGUGGAUGAAGAAGACAGCUAGCUCAUGUAUGCUUGUUGCGACAAUCGUCACCUCUGUAAUUUUUGCAGCGGCAUUUAGUGUACCUGGUGGCUAUGAGGACAAGACAGGAAUACCUAAUCUUUUGAAAGAUAAUUUAUUUCAGGUUUUUUCCAUAUCAAAUGCAAUAGCAUUGUCCUCCUCUAUCAUCUCAGUUUUGAUGUUUUUGUCCAUCAUUACCUCGCGUUAUAGAGAAGACGAUUUUCUUAGGUCAUUACCACUUAAAUUGAUUGUUGGACUCUUAUCUCUCUAUGUCUCCUUAGUAACCAUGAUGAUAGCUUUCAUCACAUCCUUCUUGCUAGCUUAUCAUGACAGAUUAAAUUUCGCCACCAUAACUACUAUACUAAUGUCUGUGGUAGCCACUCUUUUUGUUCGGUUACAAUAUCCCCUUUUGAGAGACACAUUUUAUUCAACAUACGAUUCUGGGUUUCUGUUCAAGUCAGGUACUGCUAUUUUUAAAUGAGCCAGAAUAAUAGA